AUGAUUCACCAACAACAGCAAACGCAACAAGCAUCACUGCUCGAUCACUCGUCGACCUUUUUAAAUACGGUCCAAGACGAGAUUCUUCGUGCCAAAGAAGAACUCGAUAAUAUGGAUAUUGUCAAGGCCGCACGCGCCAAUCCCAACUUGUUUGAAAUUGAGGCAUAUUCCCACUUGAAAGGAAGUGCAAAGUUGAAUUCAUUGACAGCCACAACAUUACGCGGUCAAGGCAAGAUCAUUGUUCCACCAGUGAUAUUCUACAAUGAGGAUCAGACGGAAGUAACUAUUGUGGGACAUCUUGGAAAGGAAUUAUGUGGUCAUGACGGCAUUAUUCACGGAGGUCUGUUGGCCACUUUACUGGAUGAAGUGUUAGCAUGUGUGGCAAUGCCAUCAUUACCCAACCGGAUGGGUUUCACAGCCAACUUAAACAUCAACUACCGAAGACCCGUGCUCUCCGAUCAAUGGAUCGUCAUGCGUGGACGAUUGGACAAGGUGGAAGGACGCAAGGCUUAUGUGGAGGCCUGGUUAGAGAGUGUCGACGGCACUACACGAUUCACAGAUGCCACAUCAUUAUAUAUCUCACCCAAGCAAUAG